AAAACACGUGCACGUGUUUCCGGGUUUACGGACAUGAUCCGGAAGGUGCUGAGUUCUGUUUAGAGACAGUGGAGAGCAGUGGCGACAUCGCAUCCCCUGCACAGGUCAUGGAGUUCCUGAAGAGAGGCUCAGUGCCGGAGGACGCGGUUCAGUACCGACUCUUCCUGCUCCAUCCGGAUUCUCUGGAUGUUGAGGAGAACCAGCGCCUUCUACUGCGACUCCUGGAGGAUGUUCUGGCAGAGGUCGCUGCUCUUCUGGUGGGCUACAUUUGGCAAAAGCAGGCGUUUAAUCUCAGCUUUCAUCCGGAAAGAGGGGGCGUCCCAGCUCACCUGGGCGGAAGCACAGAAUUUGGUGACAACGUUGAAGACGAGUGGUUUAUUGUUUAUCUCCUGCGAUUCAUCACACACACGUUCAGAGAGCUGGCUGCCAGCGUCCAGGAUAACGACGGACAGUUCCUCCUGAUCGAGGCAGCUGAGUUUCUGCCCAAGUGGCUCGAUCUGGACAGCAGCGAGAACAGGGUUUUCCUGUACCAUGGAGAGCUGCACAUUCUGCCCGUUCAGGUGCGUGCUGGAGAUGCCGGAUGGCCUCGGGACUCGGUGCCAUCAGUACAAGAGGCUCUGGAGGUGCUGCACAGGCACGGGGAGCGCUGCGUUGCUGAUCAACGCAUCCAAGCUGCGCUAGAGCAUCGACUGAAGGGAUAUCCAGGUAAAAUCCAGACUAGUCUCCAUCAUGCACAUUGUUACGUACCUGCAGGUGUUGCGGCGGUGUUGUCACGGCGACCUGACCUUGUGGCUCCAGCCGUUUCUGCGUUUUACCUGCGUGACCCUGUUGACCUUCAGGCUUGCAGAAAUUUCCGGAACUUUCCCCCAGAAUCCAGAGUCCUCACACUGGUGACCUUCACUCGUUGUCUUUUCGCUCAGUUGCAGCAGCAGAGUUUCGUUCCUGACAGGAGGAGUGGCUUCACUCUGCCGCCUCCCUCAAACCCUCAGCACAAAGCUCACGAGCUCGGGAUGAAACUGGCUCACGGUUUCGAGAUCCUGUGCAGUAAAAGCGGGCGAUCAGGAGCGAACUCUGAGGCUCCAGCGAACGUUCAUCCGCUCUGGAGAGGUUUCCUGAACAGCCUGAAGAAGAAUGGUUACUUUAAGGGGGAACUGGAAGGCUCAGUGCGACACAGAGAGCUCAUGACGGCCGCCGAGAGUUUCUUUAAACACUCGGUCCCUGGAGCUCACAGUGAUCAUGGACCAGGUGAGGAGGUGUUGCAGGUGUUAGAGAGCACCCCCUACAGUGUGGAGGAACUGAGGAAACAAGAAGCUCAUCUUCCACCUGAAGACAGUGACGACUGGCUAAACAUCACCCCAGAUGAGCUCGAGAGGUUGCUGGAUGAACGAGGGGGUCAGAGAUCAAAUAAAAGUCAGAGGGUCGCGUGUGGCACAGGAACGAGAGAGGGCGAGGAGACGCAGCAGGAGGAAGAGGCCGGAUUCACUUUAGUGGCUGUGACUCAGGGGAUGAAGGACUUCAUAAACGCCAUGUCGUCACACAAAGGAGCUGAAUUCCCACGGUCAUGUUUAUCAGAGCCGUUCAGUUUCGACCCCGACACAGUGACGAGUGCUCUGGACCGACUGCUUGGUGCGAAAGACCAGGAGCUGGACUCUGAUGAUUUAGAUGACGAUGAUGAUGAUGACGAUGAUGAUGAUGACGAUGAUGAUGAUGAUGAUGACGACGAUGGUGAUGAAGCAAAGGAAGAACGAUCUGAAGACCAGACAGGAGCAGAGACAUUGGACAGUCUAAGAAGAUAUAUGGACGAGAUGGACCAGGAGCUUCAAACCACGAACAUCGGACAUAGUUUCACAUACAACAGCAAACAGGGCGGCGAUGUCAGUGCAGAUGCACCCGAAAGCCCGCUGCAAACCGAAGACGACCUCCAGCCCUUAGAUGUGGACGUGAACCUGGUAGCCAAUCUGCUUGAGUCACUCUCCUCUCAGUCCGGUCUCGCCGGACCCGCUUCAAAUCUGCUGCACAGCCUCGGCCUGCGCCUGCCCCCGAACGCCGAUCCUUCCUGAAUCCUCUCGCCUCAACUAGCACUUGAACAUUAGUGUGUUCAACACUGUAGACUCAUAUUGAAGUGUUUUUUUUUUUUUAAGGAUUUCAAAUAAAAGCACUUGUAAAAUA